AUGUAUCGCCAGGUGCUGGUGCAUGAGGAUGAUCGGGACCUGCAACGCAUAGUGUGGCGGAGGAGCGCAGUCGAACCGAUCCGCGAAUAUCGCCUCAACACGGUGACCUACGGUCUUACAUGUGCUCCGUAUCUGGCCAUCAGGACGCUCCGACAGCUCGCCAACGACGAGAAGGACCGCCAUCCUGUGGCCGCUGCGGUGCUCCUGCGGAACAUCUACGUAGAUGACAUCCUCACGGGGGCCGACACGGUGACCGAGGGUCGAUGCUUGCGUGACGAGCUGACACAGCUAUGCACGGCGGGCGGCUUUCCAUUGCGGAAGUGGUCCUCGAACGAGGACGAUUUGCUGAAGGACAUCCCGAUGGAGCAUCGACAGAGUGGCCUGCUGGAGUGGGAAGCUGACGCAGGUCACUCUAUGUUGGGCCUGCAAUGGCAUCCGCGCAAGGACACGUUCGCCUAUCGAGUGCAGCCUUGUGACCGCAAGGAGCGCGUGACGAAGCGCUCCGUGCUAUCAGACACGGCUCGUCUUUACGACCCUCUCGGAUGGCUGGCGCCGGUCGUUGUGCAAGCCAAGAUGACCAUGCAAACCUUGUGGCAGCAGAGGAUCGAGUGGGACCAACCCGUGUCCGCGGAGGACGAUCUCGCUUGGCGGCGCUUCCGGGGAGAGCUCCCACUGUUGGAGAAGGUGCGAGUGCCGCGCUGGCUCGGCAUCGGAAGAGCCCAUCAGAGCGCGGAGCUCCACGGAUUCGCGGAUGCCUCGGAGCGGGCAUACGCGGCUGUCCUUUACCUGCGAGUCGUCGAUGAUCGGGGCGAGAGUCGAGUCUCGCUGCUGCAGGCAAAAACGCGGGUGUCGCCUCUCCGACAGGUAUCACUCCCCCGCUUAGAGCUGAGCGCUGCGGCACUCCUGGUGCGGCUGAUUGAGCGAAUGCAGGACUCCCUGGAUGUCCCGGUGACGGGUGUCCACCUGUGGUCCGAUUCCACAGUGACGUUGGCCUGGAUUCGCGGACACCCCUCAAGAUGGACGACGUACGUCGCCAACCGGGUCGCUGAGAUACAACGAGCGCUGCCUGAUGCGCUCUGGCAUCAUGUAUCCGGCGAGGAGAACCCGGCCGACUGCGCGUCCCGGGGCCUACUUCCGAGUGAACUCCUGCAACACCCCUUGUGGUGGGAGGGACCGGGAUGGCUCAAAACCGGCAACUUCCAGUGGACCAACACCCCGGAAGCAAUCCAUGACGAGGAUCUACCAGAGCGGCGCGCGCGAGUGCACGCCGUCACCACUCCCGAGGACCCGGACCUACUGCUCCGUUUUUCGGAACUCCGCCGACUUCUGAGAGUCACCGCCUGGUGCCGCCGGUGGUUACGCAAGCAGCGCAACUCCGCAACCUGUGCUGUUUCAGAUGCCCUGGCACCCGGGGAACUUGACGAGGCCGAGCGGGCAUGGAUCGUCGCAGUGCAGACUGCAUGGUUCACGCCUGAACUGAGGGCAAUCGAGCGAGGCGAGUUACCGUCCAAGCACAGCAGGCUCAGUCGACUGAACCCAUUCCUGGACAGUCAUGGGCUGCUCAGAGUCGGAGGGCGACUGAAACAUGCCGUCUUGAGCCCUGACGAGAAGCACCCCAUCAUCCUCCCUCGGGAAUCGCGUCUAACCACGCUAGUGGUGGAUGCAUGCCAUCGGCGAACGCUGCAUGGCGGGGUGCAGCUCACGCUCGGAACAUUGCGCCAGCGGUUUUGGGUUCCAGGAGGUCGAAUGGCAGUGCGACAACUUAUCCAUCGCUGCCUCCCAUGCGUGCGAUGGCGGGCGGCAUCCCCGCGCCCUCGGAUGGGCGACCUGCCACCACCUCGCGUCAAGGUAUCCCGCGCCUUCACUCACACAGGAGUAGAUUACGCGGGUCCCGUCUGGCUGCGAACUUCGAAGGGUCGCGGACAAAAGGCCUACAAAGGAUUUCUAGCGAUCUUCGUGUGCCUCAGCACACGAGCGGUACACAUCGAGGUCGCGUCGGACUACUCCACCGAGGCGUUUCUGGCGGCGUUCCGGCGAUUCGUGUCCAGACGCGGGCUGUGCAGCGUUAUGUACAGUGACAGGGGCACCAAUUUUGUGGGCGCUGACGCGCAACUUCGAGGCUUCUUCCGCGACGCGGCCCGAGAGCGCGCCAUUGCUGAUGCGAUCGGAGCCGAGGGCGUGCAGUGGCGGUUCAACCCGCCAGCGGCGCCGCAUUUCGGCGGCAUCUGGGAGGCGGCAGUCAAGGCCACGAAGCACCACCUUCGGAGGGUCAUCGGGGACAGCACCCUCACCUUCGAGGAACUAUCGACUUUCCUCGCACAGGUUGAGGCCUGUCUCAAUUCACGCCCCUUGCUUGCGCUUUCAGACGACCCUGAGGAUCUCGCGGCGCUCACGCCUGGCCACUUCCUUGUGGGCACUGCACUCAACGCCAUCCCAGAGCCAUCGCUCGCAGCGGAGUCAACGAAUCGCCUGUCCCGGUGGCAACUCCUCCAGCAGAUGAGAGACCAUUUCUGGCACAGAUGGUCGCGCGAGUACCUCCAGGCACUCAACGUCCGGUCGAAAUGGUGGAAAACGGAGGCCAACCUGCAAGUCGGAGAUUUGUGCCUCGUUCGCGGGGAACAAGUUCCCCCCACUAAGUGGCCUUUGGCCAGAAUCGUGGACGUCCAUCCAGGACAAGACGGCCAGGUGCGGGUGGUCACCGUGCGAACGGCCACCACCACGCUCGUGAGACCGGCAUGCAAGAUUGUGCCGCUGCUGCCAAGUGACGCCACCCAUGGAUUAAAAUGA